GUAUUCAAAAUCGGUUACACUUUAUUAUUGCAUCUACAAAGCAUAUAAAAAAAGAGCAAUAUAAACAAAUAGUAAAAAAGUUAGAUUGGCACUUGUAUACUAUUAAAGCUUCUGUAGAGAUGGACAAGCUAAUAUCUCAUAAUGAUAAAUUGGAAGGUGUUGAAAACUUCUGA